AGCGCCCUCAUUUCAGGAAGUGGUGGAUAUGAACGAAGAACGUCGUUUUUAAAGGACAAAACCUUUUUACAGUAUGAUUAUUUGAAAUAAUUCGUUUAUUUUUUUCAAUGAGAAUAUAACACUACUGCAAGAAUCAUUGAUAGUUCAGUGUAAAGAUGACUUUGCAUGUUUAAUUUCUUCAAGGGUGGGAACUGGAAACUAUGGUUUAGUUUUUAAUUAUUGAACUUCUCAGAAAUGGCAGCGAUCAGACGUGUGGUGGGCAGUAGGUGGUUACUUCACUCUGAAUUUUUAAGAAUAUCAAUUUCUAGAUAUUUCAAGACCUCGAGCAGCUGCAGGACUGUCAUGCCUGCAUGGGUCAUUGAUAAAUAUGGAAGCAAUGACGUUCUGCGAUUCACCAAAAACGCCAGCUUCCCAGUCAUUAACUACCCAAAUGAGGUUAUUGUCAAGGUGUUUGCAGCUGGGCUGAAUCCAAUUGACAUCAGCAUGAGAGGUGGCUAUGGUGCUGCAACACUCUCCAUGAAGAGAGACCCUUUGAACAUUAAUCAGGCGGGCAGUGAAUUCCCACUCAUCCUUGGAAGGGACGUGUCUGGGGUUAUCAUGGAGUGUGGCCUGGAUGUGAAGUACUUCAAAGAAAGGGAUGAGGUAUGGGCUUCGAUACCACCAUGGAAGCGGGGCAGCCUGGCUGAGUUUGUUGUACUGAGUGCCAAUGAGGUUUCCCUCAAACCAAAGACACUAAGCCACACAGAGGCUGCAGCAAUCCCUUAUGUGGCGAACACAGCUUGGUCGGCACUUGUCAACACUGGAGGGCUCACCAAAGAUAACUGUGCUAAGAAACGUGUUCUGAUCCUUGGAGGGUCCGGGGGAGUGGGAACAUUUGCCAUCCAGAUGCUGAAAGCGUGGGGAGCUCACGUGACCGUAACAUGCUCCCAGAAUGCCACGCGUUUUGUAAGGGGGCUCGGAGCGGACCACGUGGUGGAUUACACAGCCGGCCCUGUCGAAGUGCCACUCGCUGCUCUAGACAAGUUUGACCUGGUCCUGGAUAACAUUGGUGGCAGCACAGAACGUUGGGCGUUGGAUCUACUCAAGCCGUGGAGUGGCGCCAAGUACGUCACUCUAGUUACGCCCUUCCUCCAAAACACUGACACCCUGGGCAUUGCUGAUGGAAUGAUGCAGACCGCUGCCACUGUGGCCAGCAAGGCCCUCAAGCAUCUUGUUAAGGGGGUCCACUAUCGUUGGGGAUUUUUUGCACCAAGCGGUCCAGCAUUGGAUGAAAUAAGGGAGAUGGUAGAUGCAGGCCAGAUCCAUGCAGUUGUAGAAGAAACCUUCAGCUUUACACAGGUGCCUCAAGCCUUUGCCAAGGUGGAGAAAGGGCAUGCCCGAGGAAAGACUGUAGUCCAGAUCAACGAUGGAAGCAAACAAUGACAAUAAUGUGUAGCACCUAAUGUGCGUGACUGCUGAAAUUGAGUAUAUACUUUUUAAGUAUGCUAAACGCUGGGACUUGUAUUUGAAUUCUCAUGCUAUAUUAAACUUGUACAUUUUGAAUAGAUUUUUUUUUUUUUAACAGUAGGCGAUGAUUGCUAAUUUUUAUCAUAAAAUCUUACAAACAGGGCGGCACGGUGGCUGAGUGGUUAGCACGUCUGCCUCACAGUUCUGAGAUCAAGGGUUCAAUCCCGGGCUUCGGCCUUCCUGUGUGGAGUUUGCAUGUUCUCCCCGUGCCUGCGUGGGUUUCCUCCGGGAACUCCGGUUUCCUCCCACAUCCCAAAAACAUGCAUGGUAGGCUGAUUGAACACUCUAAAUUGUCCAUAGGUGUGAG